GACCAUUCUAUUUUUAUUUUUAAUUUUACGUAUAUUUCUUUCUCCCUUUUAUUUUAUAAUAAUUCGAUUAUCACCAUCUCAGAUUCUCAACCUCGAUUUCUACCCCCUGCCCCGUUCAGAUUUGAAUCAUGAACUCUCCUCAUUCCUUCCUCCCUCUCUCUCUCCCUCUAUCUCUCUCUCCUAUAUUAGCAUCCAUUUUCUCACCCUUCAAAACCUCCCACUUUUGAAAGUUGAAACCUCUUCAACUUUUUUAUGCUGCUGAAAAUUAUCAUCCAAAAUCUGUUUUCGCUAAAUUAAUAUUUACAUUAAUCGGCUUUUUUCCUACAAAAAUCCCUUUUGAAAGCUGCAAGCUUUUUUCGAUGAACAUGGCGGCGCAGAAGCACUUACACGAGCUGCUGAGAGAAGUCCAGGAGCCGUUCCUGCUCAACAACUACAUUGCCGAUAAACGCUGCCAGCUGAAAAGUGCUUCCACGAAAAGCCAACAACACUUACAGGUCAAAAAACGCAGACCCAUCUCCCAAGUUUCAAACUUUCCCGGCAAUCUUUGCAAAAACGCCUGCUUUUUCUCCCUCCAAGACUCGCCGGACCUCAGAAAAUCCCCGCUCUUUGAUUUCUCGUCACCGGCGGCCAAAAGCCCAUGCAAAAGUCCUAACGCUAUCUUCCUCCAUAUCCCGAACAGAACCGCCGCUCUCCUCGUCGAAGCCGCGAUGAGGAUUCAGAAGCAGUCGGUGAACUCAAAACCGAAAACCCAGAGCAAAAACCACGGGUUCGGGCUACUCGGGUCGCUUUUUAAGAGGUUAACGAAUCGGAAUCGGACCCGAAAGCGGGAAAUCAACGGUGGCGAUGGGGUUCAGGUCUCAGUGAAGGACAUUCUCCAGUGGGAUUCGUCAGUGGGGCGAAGAAAGAUUUCUUCCGAUCAGUUGGAGGAAACGGUUGAGUCUUGUUUGGAAGUUGAGGACAAAAGUGCUUCCCUCAUAAGCAUUGGGAGGCCCAGCAGCGCGGUGUGGUCCGAAACCAACGAAGCCACUUCAAGCAGCUGCAGCCAGUCCGAGGAGGAAUCGGCCGAUACAGAUUGCCCUUGUAAUUGCGACAAGAUUAAUGCUUUUUGCGAAAGCCCUUUUCGUUUCGUCCUCCAACCAACCCCCUCGCCAUCCGGCCACUGCACGCCGGAAUUCACGUCGCCGGCGGCGUCCCCUAGUCGCCACAAACAAGAGGAGGAGGGGUUGCAGAAAUUCCAAGCAGAAGUGGAGGAGGAGGAAGAGAAGGAACAAUGCAGUCCGGUUUCUGUAUUGGACCCUCCGUUCCAAGAAGAUGACGAGGGACAUGACGAUGAAGACGGUUUUGACUUGGAGUGCAGCUAUGCCAAUGUGCAGAGAACAAAGCACCACCUUCUGCUGAAGCUUCGUAGAUUUGAGCAAUUGGCGGGGUUAGAUCCAAUUGAACUCGAAAAAAGGAUGCUAGAAGAAGAAGAUGAUGAUGAUGAAUGUGACGAUGACGAGUCAGAAACAUUGGAUAGCAGCAGGGAAGAAACUCUUGAUGGGCUUCUCAGAGAAGUACUUUCCAAAUUAAACUUCCCUUGUAACAAAAGUAUCCCCGAAGACAUGCAGAUAUUGUUCAUGGAUCUCAUUGUCGAGGAACAGAGAGAAGUGGAUGAUGCUUUUGACAGCAGAGAAGACGUGGUGAGAAGGGUCUGCAAGAGAUUUGAAUCUUGGAAAGAGGUGGAGUCGAACACCAUUGACAUGAUGGUGGAACAAGAUUUCCGGAAGGAGCUCGACGGGUGGAAGAAAAGUCAAGAUCAAAUGGGAGAAACUGCAAUGGAGAUUGAGCUUGCAAUCUUUGGCCUACUGGUGCAGGAAAUGGCAAUGGAACUAGUUUGA